CCGGACACCUGGAGCACGUGAUCUCGCCAGAGGGGCUACUUACCUGCUUUACCAUGAGGCUGCCCGUGUGCUGCUGCCUGCUGCUCCUUGUAGCCGGGAUCAGAGGUCAAGAUAAUGAAGAUGACUUCAAUUUAGAAGAUGCUUUCGGACCAAAUGAGGUGAAGCCCACUUUAAAACCCCAACCAGGUGAAGGUGGUCAUACUCCAGAUAUUUUAGAAGGCUUUAAUUUUGAUGAUCAUGCAGGUGGAGUUGACAUACCCAAGAAACCAACUCCAAAACCUCAACCAGGUGGAGGUGAUAGCGUACCCAAGAAGCCAACUCCAAAACCUCAACCAGGUGGAGGUGAUGAUGAAUUUAAUUUGGGAGAUGCUCUUGGAGGAGGAGAUGAUGGUCACAACAAUCCAGCUAACAAACCUCAACCAGGUCAAGGUGGUGGAGGCGGUGGUGGCAGAGAUAUUGGCGACGGUGAUCUUGGUGAACUUGGCCCUGAGGACCCUAGAGGACAUGAUGAUAAGCCAAGUGGUCGUGCAAUGCAACCAUCAUCUGGUGCAGAUGGACAGGGUCAAGGAGAAGGCAAUCAGAGCGUGUUGGCCGGUGUGGUCAGUGCGGUGGCCGUGGCAGCAGUCGGGGCGGUAUCGAGUUUCAUAGCUUACCAGAAGAAAAAGCUCUGCUUCAAAGGCAAUGCAGAUGAUCCAGAAAACGUGAACAUGGACAGUCAUAAAGUAGAACAGUCAGAACCUCAAGCUCAGAGUACUUUGCUUGCAAAAUAGAUGCUGGAGUUGGAUCACCUCGUGUCUCGGCGCUGCCCAUCAAGAUGAACUUCCCAAAGCAGAUGGACAUCCAAAUUUUAUUUUAUUUUUUAUUUUCAUUGGACGGCUGUUGUAAGCAGCUUGGAGAAAUAUUGUGUGGACGUUUUACAAAUGUUCUUGGUCAGAUUGUGCCUGUUACAUGUUUGAUGUUACAAUUUUGGUUCAUGAAUUGUUUUAAUGCUCUGGCUUGCCAAAAAAAGUUAGAAAAUCUCUGCUUUUGUUUUAUCAUUUUUGCUUGUCAGGAAACUGAAACCGCAUCCGUUUUGUUUAAUAUCACAUCCAAACUGAACGAAUGAUUUUUUUCCCCCACUAUAAAUAUACUUAAUAACUACCAAAAAUAUAUCGCCAAGUCGUAAUUGUUGUGCUACUUGCCCAGCAUUUUUUUACAUUUUUUUUUUUUUAUAUAUUCCCUCUGCUGGGACUGUUAAUAUUUGGACUUUACAAGGCAUUGUCUUGGAUAGAGCUAAAGUGCCUUUUCCAUUUUCAUCAGCUUUUUUUUGUGUGUGUGACAGAUUUAUCAAAAUGCGCACAAUAUAUGGUAAAUUUGUCACAACUGUCAUCAGGGGAAUAGAGAGUAACCAUGUUAAGCAACCCCAUCCCUGGAGUAAAAUGGUUUAAAUAAAAAGUGGCUCUGUUGGAAAUGGUGCACGGACCCAGGAAAUGAGGAAGGGGGUGCAAAAUGUUCUAAAACAGGCAAAAAAAAAUCUUCUCCUAAAUGCGGCACGGUCUAUACAGUUCUGUGCUCUGAAGACCUGGUGGAAGGGUUGUGAUCAUCACCAGAAGAUGCUGGUCAUACCAUUCCUGGAUGUAAAGUAGCGAUACUUCUCUUCUCAUUGACAUUGGUAAAUCUGUAUGUAAAAAGAUGUGGUUUUCAAUAGAAGUUGUCCCAAGUGCCCUUACCAGAUGUACAUGUAGACAAAAAGCUCAUGAAUUAAUAUCUGCAUAUUCUCUUUUUAAUCUUUAGCGUUAGUGGUGCAGCUGUAAGGGUGGUAAAGGCCUGGGCGGGCAUGGGUUGUUUUUAGAGUAACUUUUACAUGAUUGCUUUUAUAUCUGCCAACUGUUCUCAUUUGCUUAACUUAUUGCUUGGAUCUAUCGGCUCUCUUGACAUUUCUGUCUUGGGUCAUAAGGAAUACAAGUAUUUACUAACAAGGCAGCACAUAGAUCUUGUGCCCUUCCUCUGUAAUUCCUACUAGAAAUGUAUAAAUAAAUUGGCACAUUGGGGUGUGUCCCUACAUACUCGGAUACUGUCCAGUCAGUGCUGCCAGUGACACUGUGAAGGAACACUUCCCUUUGACGUGGAGUGUUUGUCAAUGUGUUUACUACAUGGGGACAAGUCCUCCUUAACUAAAAGGUUAGACUGAAACAUACUUUUUACCUUAAUCGGCUUUCUCUUUAAAGUGACACUUCCAUUGGAAAGGGGUAUUUUUUAAAACUCAAUAUUCAUAGGAAUUUUUUUUAAACUUUCGCCUCUUUUUUUAUUUCGGCGGUACUAUGCCAUUGAAAAUUGAAUACAAAUAAUUUUUCUUCUCUGGCAGUCAACUGAUUAGACCGAAAAAGACAGGUCAUCCAUUGUCAUUUGACUGGACAUUAUACUAUUUUUAAAGCUGUGAGGGAAAAAUGUUAUCUACCAGGUAAUCCUCAUGAUAAUAGUAGCUGUAGAUUUGGGAAAACCGUAUGGAAGCUCUGUUGUUCUCUUGGUAGGCCUAGAUAAAGAUGCCCACAGAAGAGCAUUGCAUAGUGUAAUGUAUAAUGCUCUAAUUGAGUCACUACUGGGGGCUGUCUCUGGUCAGAGUAAAUGGUCUGACUGAGAAUGUCGAGCGAGGUCAUUUGCUGUUCUAAAAGUCCAAACAAAAAGGAUGUUAAAGAGCCAUGACCGGAUUUGGAAUACUGUAUAGGGAGUGACUGCAAAAGAUUAUAUCAAGACAAAACAUCCAAUUAUUAAGCUUGCAUAUAGGUUGCUAGUGAUAUUUUUAUGGAAGUGUCCCUUUAAAUCAUUUUCUGAUUCCCUUUGUAUAGGGGACCCCGCAUUGUAUAGGAGUUAGUUCUAUGCAGAAAUAGAUAUCAAGCCCCCAUAUACAGUAGACCGUUAUUGGCCAAACCCACCAUUUUUGGUAGGACUAGAAGACCAUCUGAUAUGUAUGGAUGCCUGAUCUUUUUGUUCUCCUGUGAGAUAAGCCUCCUCAGAGGCUCUGCACCAGAUGUUACUUUAAAGUCUAUAGCAAAUUAUUGAAAAGUCUACAUACCCAGCUUUUUUUUUUUUUUUACGUUUUCUGGGUUUGUGGCAUUUUUUCAAAGCUCAGCAUUCCCCGCAUGGCAUUUUGUUUUUUUCUAUAGGCUUCUCUAUAG